AUGCUCUUCCUCUGGCUGUAUCACCAUGGGUUCUUGCAGUUCGGUCUCACCCCUGUUGCCAAGCUGCCACCUGCUCCUGCUCUGACUUUGAACUUGAGAACAAUAUACGCACCAAUAUUUGAAGUAAAUCUGCACUUGAGGAAUCUUGUGGAGAGUGAGUCAUCAGAAGGCUCGAAAGAGACCCUUGCUGAGUCUGACCAGCACAGUGAGAAAUCUGAGCUGACUGAGGAAGCUGAAGCGUCCGAAUAUGAAGACCUCUGUGACCCAGACACAGAAUUCACAACUGAGUUUGGGAAUAGAAACAUAUACGAUGAACUUUCAGAAUGCCACACGGAUUUCUUCAUAGAUCCUAACAGGUUGGAGUUUUCAAGAAAAAUUCAAAAUAUGCUGGCUAAUAUUGAGAAAUGUAUAACCACAAUCACUCCCCUUUGCCAAGAUGACCGCCUGUCCAUAUUUAUUGAUUUGCCUCCAAUCAUAAGUUCAUCGAAUGAUACAGAAAGUCAAACAAAACCUAAGAAGACUACAUGGCCAGAUUGUCAGCUACUUUUUGAAAUGGAUCCUGAUUAUCAAAACAAAAUUGUGAGUCUCCUGACGAUCAUUGGUAAUUCCAUGGGCCUCGUUAAUGAUUACAGCUGCAUGUUUAUAGAGUAUAGCACCAUGAUCGAGAAGGCCAUGAUCAUUAGUACAAAAUUGCCAUCUAUAGGAGAAUUGACUGCAGAGCAGUUUAAAAUUAUACUCAAUAAACUGAGAAACUAUCUUAAACACAUGGUGAACAUGGUUAUUGAAAAGCGUGUUGGUAUUUUCAAAGUUGUGAGUCUUGAUUAUCAGUCAAAGUGCUUACCCUAUGUGGAUACCUCCAUACACGUGAGCCACACGCUGUUGGAAUCUGAGAUUCAAAGAAAAAAUACAAACCUAUUGGCAAUCAUAGAAUCAUCAUUGCAACAGCUGAAAUAUAAUCCCAUUGAAAUAGAAGAAUUUGUGGAACAUUUUGUUUUUUUGGAUACAAUUUCCUCAAAAAUAUCUAUGUUAGAAAAAGAGUACUUGACAAUUUCUCAGCUGUACUCUGUUGUGCGGAAUUACCAGAUUCAUAUUUCAGAACAGCAAAUUGCAAUGUUUGAAGUCCUUUUUUUCAAGUUUAGUCAACUAAAAACAUCCGUGAAGUUAUAUGAAACAAACAAAGAUGCUGCUAUGACUAAAUUUAGGGACAAUUUGGAAGCAUAUGUCAUUGGUCUACGGGUUGCUGUUAAUAAUUUAAAAUCUGAAAUAAGAACCCCUGUUCUGUUAUGUAUUGGUACGCAAGUGACGACAGCCCAGGAAAUGAUCCGGACCCUCUCGGAGGAGGCUGCCAGCUUAUCUGUCAAGGCUCAGUUGUGUUCGAGCUUUCAGGAUCGUUUUGAUGAGUCACACUUUCAGAUGCACUCUCUUAGCAUGGAAGAAAUCACGCGGAUUGUGUUUGCCGAGAUCUGUGACAUUGAGUAUGACUUAAGUUUGAGGCGGAUGUUAUGGGAAACACGAGAGGAGUGGGGAAGCCUCUAUCAGGAAUGGAAGAGUUGUUCUCUUCAAACUGUGGAUGUAGAAUCGAUACAGAGAAAUGUUUUGAAGUGGUUGGACACCAUCCCUGUACUAGAAAAAGGCUUACCUGCAAAUGAUGUGCUUACAAAUCUUAAGCAAUCAGUGAUAGAGUUUAAACAGAAGCUGCCUGUCAUUGUAGCUCUGGGAAACUCUCAUCUUAAGCCAAGGCAUUGGGAGGCUCUCCAGGAGAUUACUGGAAAUUCAAUUUCCUUUUAUAAAGGCCGCACCAUAGAAGACCUUCUAAACCUCAAGAUGCUCCAUUAUGAACAUGAAAUAAAAGAAAUAUCAACCUCAGCAACUAAUGAAGCUGCUCUUGAAAAACUGCUGCUUAAGAUAAUUCAUCUUUGGAACACUACUCCCUUACACUUAGUCCUUCAUCACACAGAGAAGGAUUCCAUCUUAAUCAUUUCAUCUGUAGAUGACAUAUUAGCGCAGUUAGAAGACUCUCAAGUCUCACUGGCAACAAUUAGAGUAUCUCCCUAUAUUGGGCCCAUUAAGGAUCUUGUGAAUGAAUGGACUAAAAACCUGACAAUAUUCUCUUACACCAUUGAAGAAUGGAUGACUUGUCAGAGAAAUUGGCUUUAUGUUGAGCCAAUCUUCAACUGUUUAGAAAUACAAAGGCAGCUCCCAGAAGAAGCAAAACUUUUCUCUCAGGUGAUUUCCACGUGGAAAGAAAUAACAUCAAAACUACAAAACAAACUGAACGCCUUGCAAAUAAUCAUCUUGGCCAGAGUCCCUGACAUUCUGAAAACUUGCAAUACACAUCUUGAAUGUAUAAAGAAAAGUCUUGAGGACUACCUUGAGAUGAAAAGAAGUAUUUUCCCAAGAUUCUACUUUCUCAGCAACGCUGAGCUUCUUGACGUUCUCGCUGGCAGCAGAAACCCCGAGUCUGUCCAGCCUCAUCUUAUGAAGUGCUUUGAAAACGUGAAACAACUGGUGAUCUGCAAACAAGAAAUCGGCCCCCCUGUUGUAAGAGCGCUGGUAUCUGCAGAAGACGAAUGCCUCGUGCUGCCGGAGAAAAUUCAUAUAAGAAGUGCUGUAGAACAGUGGCUGGUAAAUGUAGAAAAAAACAUGUUUGAAGCAAUGAAAAAAUUUAUAAAUCAAGGGAUUAACGACUGGCACUGCCAGACUUUUUCUCCAUGGGUGGUAUCUCAUUUGGGACAAGUGGUACUCACUGUGAGUCAGAUCAUAUUUUAUGAUGAUUGCAUUAAAAGUUUCACGAGUUCUCAAUCGAGGGAAGCUCUCGAGAACGUCCACGCUGGUGUGCUAGGGCAUCUGGAAGAGGCUGCAGAGCUGCUGGACACCAGCAACGCGCAGACGAGAGCCGUGCUGGGCGCGCUGCUCAUUCUCUACGUUCACUGCCGAGAUGUGGUGAGAAACCUACUGCUCCAGGAUACCUGCAAGCAGGACGAUUUUGAGUGGACAAGACAUCUGCAGUACAAAUGGGAUGAAAAACAAAUGCUAUGCUAUGUAUCUCAAGGAGGUGCCAGUUUCACUUAUGGUUAUGAGUACCUGGGCUGUACCCCAAGACUGGCCAUUACGCCUCUCACAGACCGGUGCUGGCUCACCUUCCUGGGGGCUCUACAUUUGAAUCUAGGAGGUUGUGCUUGUGGUCCAGCAGGUGUAGGAAAAACUGAGACUAUCAAAGACCUAGCAAAAGCCUUAGGAAAACAUUAUGUGACCUUCAGCUGCUUUGAGAAUUUGGAUUAUAAGAUAGUGGGAAAAUUCCUCUUUGGAGUGGUUCAGUCAGGAGCCUGGUGCUGCUUUGAUGAAUUCAAUCAAAUCAAUGUGGAGGUUCUUUCUGUCCUUGCUUCACAGAUCCUAACAAUUAAGUCUGCAAAAGCCAGCUACUCUGUCAGGUUUGUACUGGAAGGAAAGGAAAUUCGUAUCAAUAUGUCUUGUGCGAUAUUUGUCACCAUAAGUCCUGGAUAUCCAGGUCGAGAAGAGCUCCCACAUAACUUAAAGUCUUUGUUUCGCCCAGUGGCAAUGAUGGUACCCUAUUAUCGAAUGAUUACUGAAAUCAUUAUGUCUUCAGUUGGUUUCAAAUCUUCAAAAUUACUCUCUGGAAAGCUAGUCAACCUUUAUGAAUUAGCUAGCACACAGCUCUCACAAAAGGAUCAUUAUCAUUUUGGCUUGCGGUUUCUGAAGACAGUUCUAAUAAUUGCUGAGAGGAAAAAACAGGAAUUUAACAGGCUGGCCUCCUGGCUGGUGGCAAGUAGGCUUCUAAUGACAGCUGGGGUUGUCUGUGCCAUUGAACUUCAUGGUGAAUGGAAGGUCAUUUGUUGGCCCUUGAGUCACUGUGUCCAACUCACUUCCAUGCUCCAGUUGACCACCACUGAGCUUAUGUUCCUCAGAGAGUAUCUCUUAUCCCACAUGUUCACUUUCCCAAACUCACUUGCAACUGUGACUUUGAUGCAUAACUCCAAAUCUGACACAGCUACUCCAGAAUCUGAAUCUGCAGCCAGUGAAAGAGGAAACUGGAAAUGUACAGAAUCCGUUCUGGUGGGGGUGACACCCUUGCUGAUAACAGUGCCCAUCCCUGAGUCAGUGACUGAGGAAUGGCAUUACUGGUAUUACUGGUAUUGUUCUAGUGAUACAUCUGAAGCAGAUGAAACUCGGAUCAUUAUCGAGGCUGUAAGAGAAGCUAGUUUAUCGAAAUUUUCCCCUGAAGAUAUCCCACUCUUUGAAAUGAUUAUAAGAGAUAUUUUUCCUGGAGUGACAACUGCAAAAGUAGAUCUACCUGCCUUGGAGGUUCCUGCCACCUCUCCCUUCCCGGCCCCUGGAUCCCAGUGUGCAUCUGUGAGCACCAGAGUGGCUUUCCUAAAGCAUGUCCAAUCACAUGUUGGAUCAACAUUGCCUGUGGUAUAA